AUGGAUAUUAAGGAAAAGCAUCGCAAAGUGCUUCGUACCACUUUCAGCAAAGCAGCAAAAGAGUUAGAGGACCUAUUAAAAGACCAAAAAGGUGAGGUACGACAGAUCAAAAUAUCCUUAGAUCUAUUACGACAGAAAAUGCAUGAUCUAAGGAGAAUAGAUGAAGAAAUUUAUGAUCUCCUGUUAAACGAGGAUGCCAGUGAACAAGACCUGUUGAAGGAAAUAGAAGACAGUGACAGCUACAUCAGAAAGUUUGCGGACCUGAGUAUACAGUUCGAGGAACGGGUUCAACCAAGGAUAGCUGCGUCCGUGGAGGAUGAGGUGGCCUCUGGGACAACUGGUAAGAGCACAGGGAGCCUACAAGGUAAGCGUAAAUUCAAAUUACCUAUGCUAGAAUUCAAGAAGUACGAUGGGAACAUUAAAAGCUGGUUGCCCUUUUGGUCACAAUUUCAAAAAAUACAUCAUGAUUCAGACAUAGACUUAAGCGAUAAAGUCGAGUAUUUAGUUCAAGCUACUGUACCGGGCAGUAGGGCAAGGCAACUAGUUGAUAGUUUUCCCGCGACUGGAGAUAAUUACACUAAGAUUAUAGACUGUCUAAUUUCGCGUUUUGGCCGCGACGAUUUGCAGAUCGAGGUAUAUGUUCGGGAAUUGCUCAAAUUGGUAAUAAAUAAUACUUCGUCUGGCAAUAAAUUAGACAUUUCUUUAUUGUAUGAUAGGUUAGAGACUCAGUUAAGGGCUUUGGAGACACUAGGUAUUAAAUCGGAUAAAUACGCGGCUAUGUUAUUUCCUUUGGUCGAAUCGUGUCUACCCGCGGAUUUAUUAAGGAUAUGGCAAAGAUUUCCGGAAGAUGUUGGGUCACAAACGUCUAUUAAUAGUGCCGGUAUUUCCACCAUAGAAAAUCGACUCAAAAGCUUAAUGCAAUUCUUGAAAAAUGAAGUCGACAAUGAACAGCAUGUUUCUUUAGCGAUCGAAGGCUUUGGCGUAUCAGGUACUAAGUCUGGGAAUUCUAAACGUAAUGGUCCGAAAAAGAGGAUGCCUGAAGAGGAAGAACCCCAGUUUCCUUCGGCGAUGGGUUUGGUGAAUUCCCAUAGUACAAAUCAUAGAUGUGUAUUUUGCGAAAAUGCACACGAAAGCAGUCAAUGCUUCAAGGCUCAGAAGUUGACUCACGACCAAAGAGUGAAUAUUUUGACAGAGAAAGGUGCUUGCUUCCGCUGUUUGAAAAUUGGACACCAAUCUCGAAGAUGCCGUGGUCAAUUAAGUUGCUUACUUUGUCAUAAACCACAUGUGCCCCUAAUGUGCAGAGAAUUUUCGAUGGGCAAGGCAAAAAAGGAAGAGGAAAAUAAGAUAGAGAAUGAUGGUCAAGCUGUGCCGAAAAUAAAUCAGUCCUUGGCCAAUAGUGCUACUACUAAUGUUUUUUUGCAAUCUUUGCGCGUCAAAAUGAACCACUUAGGCAAGACGCGAGUUGUACGCGCCUUAAUAGAUACCGGAUCUCAAAAGACGUAUAUUCUGAGGUCCACUGCUAGAUUAUUAGAGUAUCCAUGUAAACGACAGAUUAACCUUGUACAUGGAUUAUUUGGAGGUAGCGAACUAGCACAAAAACAUGAUUGUUAUGACGUUAACUUGAGUUAUAAUAACUACAGUUGCACAUUUGAAGCACUAGAUCAGCCCGUAAUUUGUAGCGAUAUUUCUUCCGUAUUUAAUGGUCCCUGGAUGGAAGAACUGAAGAAGCUGAAUAUAGAGAUAACAGAUUCCGGUGAUACAUCUCCUAUAGAGGUUUUAAUAGGUGCAGAUAUUGCAGGAAAACUCUAUACCGGAAGAAGACAUAUUUUAGGAUGUGGACUGGUAGCUGUAGAAACCUUAUUGGGCUGGACUUUGAUGGGAAAGAUACCUUUAGAUCAACAGGACAAUCGCACCGCGACAACGGUUUCACUUUUUAUUAGCAACGCGUCGAUUAGUCAACUGUGGGAGUUAGAUGCUUUGGGUAUCAAUGAUCCGGCUGAAAGGAAGACAAGGGAAGAAACAGCGCUAGCAGCAAAGCAACUUUUCUUUGAGACUGUUGCAACAGAUUCCACAGGACGAUAUGAAACCAGACUGCCAUGGUUAGAAGGACAUCCGGCAUUACCAAGUAACUACCAGAUGGCUAAGAAACGGCUGGAUACCACGUUGAAGAAGAUAAACAAAGAUGGAUAUCUUGAAGCCUACGGCCAAAUAUUUAAAGAAUGGCUGGAUGAAAAUAUAAUUGAGGAAGUGUUCGAGGACCAGCCGAACCGAGGUCAUUAUUUACCCCACAGGCCGGUAAUUAAGCCUAAUAGCGCGUCCACAAAAAUCAGACCAGUUUUUGACGCUUCAGCGAAAGAAAAAGACAAACCUUCUUUAAACCAGUGCCUUGAAAAGGGGGUUAACUUGAUUGAAUUAAUUCCUGCUAUUUUAUUAAGAUUCAGACGACAAGAAAUCGGUGUAAUCUCAGAUAUUCGCAAAGCCUUUUUACAGAUUGGGAUACACAAAGCUGACAGAGAUUUUCUUCGUUUUCUUUGGAUAGAUGAUGCAGGGAAAGAAAAGGUGUACCGCCACUGUCGUGUGGUAUUCGGGAUUAGCAGUAGUCCGUUUUUAUUAGGAGCUUCACUAGAACAUCAUUUUUCCUUGAUGUUAACAAGAUGUGCGUCAAAACUGCUGAAUGUUUCGGAAGACACUAUUUUAAAAUUGUCGCAUAGUUUUUACGUUGACAAUUGCGUUACUAGUGUUGCUAAUGAACAGGAGCUGCGAAUUUUUGUAGAAGAGUCGAAUAUAAUAAUGGCUGAAGGCAAGUUUGAUCUCAGAGGGUGGGAGUAUACAGGCCAACCCCCCGAUGACACUAUUGAUGCCUCGACCCAAGUCUUGGGAAUAAAAUGGAACAAGAUAGAUGACACCUUGUGUCUACGACAAGAGGAUGAAGAUACAGAUCUACCUCUUGAAAAACCUACAACUAAAAGAGUCAUAGUCUCACAAGCGCAGCGCGUGUUUGAACAGUUGCUAGAGUCCAAAUGCUUCUACCAUCAAUAUUAA